AUGACUCCUCGUAGAGUCAAAGUGUCUAUCCUUGGUCCCGAGCGGGGUCCCACGGGGUCACCUCAUCGGGAGACCGAACUUGAAAAAGAAACCACGCUCGCUCACAAUUUCGAGCGUGGUGCCCACCCUAACUCUCACACAGAGCCGUAUAAUCCACCCCCAUUGACGCCAUCCGAGGCCCUCCGCCUUAAACAUCAGCACCUCCAAUCCAUCUCCGUCUUAUCCGACCAAUUUGGAGCAAAGAUCGUCGAUGUGAGCGAGAACAGCGUCAUUGUCGAGCUCACUGCAAAAACGAACCGCAUCGUUGCGUUCUUGAAUUUGGUCAAACCAUUCGGAAUCUUGAAAUCAGCUCAGACUGGUUUUAUGACACCCAUCAUGCAUUCCUAGGAUGAUUCUGAUGAUGCAGCGGACGAGAUUGGUGUUGUAGAUGCUAGUUUGCUUCCCCUUGGUUAGGUGGUCAGUUGAAGCGGCUGUCGUGUGAUAUGUAUUGAUUAAUAUAUAUCAUGCUAACGAUUCUAUAUAGCGAGGAAUCUAGAGGAUUCAUAUCAGUUGUGAUCUUGUGAUUCCCUGAU